GAUGUGGCCACUGUCGAGGGCUGGGUGGUGCUAGUGUGUGCGGGGCGGAUGGGGGGAGCCUGAAGGGGCCCCGCCUCCCGCCGGCCCCGGCUCCGCCCCACUCCCCAGAAGGUGGCCGCGCCCUGGGCCACCAAGUCCCAGAGCUGGAGCCGGCUUUCCUCCAAAUGGCUCCUCUCCACCCAGCGCCGUGCGCCCCGUGCCCACAGCGCCGGCCUUCCCCGCGCUCGGCGGCUUAGCCAGGGACUCUGGGAAAAGCAAGUUAGGAGACAGCUCAGCUUGGCUUGCGGUCUGGAGUUCCCCUGGAGGUGUGCUCGCCGUUUGGAUGGCACAGGAGGCCGCCUUGCUACCUCUGUAGCCCGCUCUCGUAAGGACGGAGUGGACGCACAGAACGGGUGGAGGUGUCCCGGAGAGGCCCUUGUUACAGAUUGGCUUAGGGACACGCAAUGUGCUCCCUGGCCUCCCAUGACGGGAAAGCCUGUCCUGCACUUUAUGUAUUCCUGGAGAGGAGUCUUGCUUACAUGCUUACCAGCGGCUAGGACAAGGAAGAGAAAAGGUACUUACUGGACCAGGCUCCUGAGAUGACACGCAAAAGCUGUAAAUGCGUGCGGUCUGGGAAUGGCUGAUGCAUCGUUCGCUCUUUCCGAGGUUGGCGACGGCGUUUCAGUUGAGAAAUGAGCCGUCAGACUGCUACAGCAUUACCUACUGGUACCUCCAAGUGUCCACCAUCCCAGAGGGUGCCUGCCUUGACUGGCACAACUGCAUCCAACAAUGACUUGGCGAGUCUUUUUGAGUGUCCUGUCUGCUUUGACUAUGUGUUACCACCCAUUCUCCAGUGUCAGAGUGGCCAUCUCGUUUGUAGCAACUGUCGCCCAAAACUCACAUGUUGUCCAACUUGUCGCGGCCCGUUGGGAUCCAUUCGCAACUUGGCUAUGGAGAAAGUGGCCAAUUCAGUACUCUUCCCUUGUAAAUAUGCCUCUUCUGGAUGCGAAGUAACUCUUCCACACACAGAGAAAGCAGACCAUGAAGAGCUCUGUGAGUUUAGGCCUUACUCCUGUCCAUGCCCUGGUGCUUCCUGCAAAUGGCAAGGCUCUUUGGAUGCUGUGAUGCCCCAUCUGAUGCAUCAGCACAAGUCCAUUACAACCCUACAGGGAGAGGAUAUAGUUUUCCUUGCUACAGACAUUAAUCUUCCUGGUGCUGUUGACUGGGUGAUGAUGCAGUCCUGUUUUGGCUUUCACUUCAUGUUAGUUUUGGAGAAACAGGAAAAAUAUGAUGGUCAUCAGCAAUUCUUCGCAAUUGUACAGCUGAUAGGAACACGCAAGCAAGCUGAAAAUUUUGCUUAUCGACUUGAGCUAAAUGGUCAUAGGCGGCGAUUGACUUGGGAAGCGACUCCUCGAUCUAUUCAUGAGGGAAUUGCAACAGCCAUUAUGAAUAGUGACUGCCUAGUCUUUGACACCAGCAUUGCACAGCUUUUUGCAGAAAAUGGCAAUUUAGGCAUCAAUGUAACUAUUUCCAUGUGUUGAAAUGGCAAUCAAACAUUUUCUGGCCAGUGUUUAAAACUGUUGCAUUCAGUUUAACAGAGAAUAAGACACCAAUCUGCCUGCCAACCUGAAACUCUUGGUAGGUAGAAGCUAGACACAUGAAGGUAAAUAAAAAGAAAGGCUGUUAAAUACAGGAAACAGUUGCAUGUAGUAACACUAAUAUAUUUAAAAAUAAGUCAACAGUAAACCACUGAGAAAAAUAUAUAUAUUCCCCCAAGAUGGGCAUCUUUUGUAUUAAGAAAGGAAGCAUUGUAAAAUAAUUCUGAAUUUUGUGUUUGUUGUAGAUUGAUUGUGCGUGUGUACGUGUGCGUGUUUUUUCCUUUAACUGACAAGCCAUCUGAGUGGUUUCAGACCACUGCUUUCCCCUUUGUGAGUCAAUACCUAGUGCUGCUGGGAUUUUUUUUUUUUUUUUUUUUUGAGGGGUGUGGGUGUGUGUGUUUGCUAAUUUUUAUUCUAGUUUUUCAUUAAAUAAAUUUGACUUUUCUGUAA